AUGGAGAUUGCUGCGUUUCUCCUCUUUUUUGCAGUGUUGUUGGUACACUGUUUAAAGGCUAGCUCAGCUACGGCAGUAGAGACCAACAUCACCACAGACCAAUCAGCGCUUCUUGCCCUCAAACACCAUAUAGAUGGCCCUUACAAAAGGUUGGCAAGCAAUUGGUCUACCUCUACCUCUGUUUGCCAUUGGAUUGGGAUCACUUGUGGUGAGAGAUACCAUAGAGUCAUUGCCUUGAAUCUUUCUCAUAUGGGUCUUUCAGGAACCAUUGCUCCACAAGUGGGAAACCUAACAUUCUCGUCUCAUUUAUCCUUCAGAAACAACAAUUUUCAUGGUUCUCUUCCAAACGAGUUGGCUGCUUUACGUCGGUUGGAAAUUGUCAGCUUUGGAUUGAACAACUUUUCGGGAGUGUUACCAUCAUGGCUUGGGUUUUUACCCAAACUUCAAGAGUUGUAUGCUUAUACAAACAGUUUUGAAGGUACCAUUCCAGCAUCUCUAGGCAACUUAUCGUCACUGCAAAUACUUCAUCUCAGCGAAAACAAGCUUUCAGCAACCUCUUUUAAAAGCCCUCUCUGUGGGCAUAAAGGGGAAUUGGUGGGCUCAUUGAAAGGAGAGGGAUUAUUUGUGGGAAACAAGCUGGGUGAAAAUUGGGACUCAGAUGCCAACAAUGGAGAGCCUAAAAUCGGGGCCUUGACCAUUACAUUUUUACCCUUCACAGAAGAUCCUUGGGAAUCACGGGAGUGCAUAGUUGAGGAGGGCGUUGGGCUCAAGGUGUUGUUGGAGCUUGUGUGA